AUGGACAGACAAUACGAUCCGAGACAACCAAGCUUCCGCGAGAAAAAGACACUUACGACGCCCACGCGGGAUGGGCUACAGGAAAAGCCCUGGAGUCUGUCUAAGCUGUUCCCCAGUCGAUACAGCCCCGCGCGCGGUAUCGAGCUCAGGGACAUGGCAAAGGGAAAGGAGCUGGCGAUAGCAGGGCUCCAUCACGACGCCGAUGAAGAAACGCGAGGUUCUUCGCCCUUUGAUGUGAUCGCAAAGCGCGAGAAAGGGAUUGACCCGAAUCCUGAUUAUGCUACACAUUAUUAUGCUACACAUCAUGAACGCGGCCGACGACCAAAACAACGGCCUGUAGCACCCCACUACACUGCCAACCGUGACAGCGCGUCCGUCUUGGAUGCUAUCAGGGAUGUCGAUGUCAUUCUGGACUCGGCACAAUGUAAAGAUCAGACUGUCCAUCUAGACUUGGAUGCAGACAUCGACCUAGACAUGGAUCUCGAGGAACUCGCUCGCUUUUCUCGGCUCGGGAAGUUCGGUGAUGCGAUUUCACUGUACCAGCGGAACCUACGAGUACAUAUUGGGAACCCACACGUCCUUAUUCAAUACGGAGAGAUGCUUCUGGAACAAGGGGACUACAAGACGUUGCUUGAACUGGACUGUGAUCUCAUGGGUGGAUCCACGAACUCAUUACUGGACACCAAUGGAGGCCAACUUCUGGAUCUCUACUGGAGACUGAUCCAGGGAUCGCAAGAUCGCACCAGGUCUACCGAGAUCAGGAUCCUUUCCCUAGUCGCCUACUGGGUUAGGGAGACGCCUCUGACCCAAGAUGGUCUUGACUUCAACCAGCAAUUCAAAACGCUCUUCCCACAGCAGUUUUUUACGAGCCUGUACAUCAGCCUUCUCCGACAAGGUAGGAUAUGGGACCUUCAUGACAUUAUCGGGGCCAUGGUUUACACACGAGACAUCAAUGCCGUCCUAAGUGAUCUCCUUGGUGCAAUGGACUUCGCACGUGGUUUAGAUCAGCUUAUCAACGACUGGCAGGCGCCUGUGUAUGACGAAUCAACAACCCUUGCUCUACUAGGGAUCAUUAAUUUAUUCCUCGAGUUCGUAGGCACCUUCAACGCCCCAAUGUCCACAAUCCAGUACUGCCUAGACUCAGCCCUCUCACUGGCACGUUCGAUCAACCAACAUGAUCUUGAAAAUUUAAGAAGUCGCCAAUACGUCAAGUUCAUUUUCUUGAAGGCUGCGCGGACGGCAGCUCAGCAUGAACAUGUACUCAACCCUUCCGUCUAUCUAUUCUCGGCGAAUGGAUUCAGAUUGCCUGCGUUCAAGCAUAGUACAUUCCUGCCCGUAUACAUACCCAUCGCGACCGAGAAUCCUGGUUGGAGAAAGACGGCUUCCAGCACUGUGCUCACUAACCCAAUCAAGCUUGCUCUGAGAAGUUCGACGGAACUCCGCGACUAUAAAAUGGCUGCACUAUGCUGGCAGCAGCUGAUUAACCUGUCCUCGGAUCCGAAGUCAGAAUUCGAAGCUCUUUGUCAUCUGAAAAAAUCAGUCCAAGCCGACAUGGCUGGAUAUCUGGAGGUUUUGCUUUCGAGCUAUCUAGUCUCCGAUACCGAUGAAGCACGGAGAAAGUUACGAACCGAACUUGCGGAAGUUACUUCCUCGACAAUUACGUUCUCUUUCCUGAAUGCAUGGGCCGCACACAUGAUGCUGCAUAGCCUCGAAACGGACCCUGAUCGCGCAGCAAGGGCCAUUUCGCAGGCAGUAAACAUAUUUCCUUUGCUUCCUCCUCCUGCGCGUGAUCAGGUCUCCGACAGCUUACCUUUCUGGCGGGCAAGAUACCAGAGCCGACCACAUGGACAAUUUGAGACAACUCGAAUGACGGCAUCUGGUCAGCUACAGAUAGACGCCGAAGACCAGAUCGAGGCGGACCAGCUACUUUUGGAUGCAAGGCGCACAAGGCUACACACAAACCGGCAGAAAGCUGAGCCCAAGCCUCUAAAGCAAGGUCGUCAAUCUGUAUCUCGCCUUCAGGGAAGCAACAAAGCCUCAGCCAGAUUGGCUCGUGAUUCCUCGGGGGAUCAGAGUGGCGUAGGAGAAUCCAGCCAGGCCGAGCCAGACAAGGCGAAACACCAGAAGUCUCUGCAUCGUAGCGAAGACAGACAUGAAGGCGGAGGCCAUAACAAGGUGCGCAGCCCAGCACUUGGCGCGACACGAGGUCCCGCCUCGACCGAUUUCCAUCCGGCGGCACAAGCUGCCCAGUCGGCCCAAGCUACCUCACCCCGUUCUUAUCAUGGCGCGUUACUCAGUAGUGAAUAUGAUUCUGACAGUUCGGGAGGAGAGGAUGAUGACUGGACAGAUUCCUACGCGGAAAUCACUAAUGAUGGGUACUCAGAGAUACCACAGCCCUCGCCCAAUUCUCUCCGUUCUCCAAUCACAAAGGCUUAUGGAGUAAGGCAUGUGUUGCAGGACAGACUCGCCCGUGCAGCCUCCAAUCAUGACUACGAGGAUGCAGCAUUGAUCCGCGUCGUGAUCGAAGAACACAAUCUGGCUCUGGAGCAAAAGCAGCAUGAGGCAGAUACACAUAAUGAUGCGCUAGGUGUGAAGGCACGCAGACGUUUUCGCUUGGGAACGAGGCGGUACGAAUCCGUGGACUCUAGACUGCGCAAUGCUGAAGAGUAUCAGCAGGAUAUGAACAGGGGACUCAUCCAUGACAGCAGAAUCGGCAUUCCCAGCUCGGUCCAAGGGAGUGAAGACGAGUCUGUCUACCCCUAUCCCUAUCCCUAUCCCAGAGACCCCUAUCCCAAAACACGGAUUCGCAUCCGGCACACGAAGCCGGACUCGGCAUCAGAUCAUGAAGUUGCAGGUCAGCUGGCGAAUAGGCUGGAAGAAGCGAACGCGAAGGCCACAGCGGACAAGAAAAAUCCGGACCGAAGAAAGGAGAUGAACGGCGAUGACACUGGCAAGAAGGAAGUUGUGAUCGGAUCCGACGAGGAACCCAUGCCGGUUGUUACACGAGACAGCGACAGCGUCCCAAACAGCAGUGUCACCGUCACUCGUUAUGAAGAUGGGCGCGGUAGAAGUUUUGGCGCUGAAGACAGCCGCCACAAAACCCACACAACAGGUCGUGAUACUAGCAGGAAAAGGGAGGGUUGGUCACGCCACGUUUCUGGUGAAAGUAGUAACAGCAUUGAGCCGGUCUCUCGCAGAUCUACGAUGCCCACGGUGGAGAAUGUUGUCGACUUUGAGGGGUCAUAUUCCGCAACGGAAAGAAAGAAAGACGUGUCGGGAGGCCCUUGA